GGAAUGUUUGACUCAGACCCUUCCGAAUUGGACCAUCUAGUUGGGCCGUGCCAUCAAGUAGUGACCUCACCACUCCGUCAAUGUCACCUAUCAUUAAAGUCAAACACGUAGUCUAUAACCGAGUGCGUCAAGACUUAUCAUUUGCCAAUAUUUGGCCAAUAGUAUGAAUCAUGAUGUUUUGAAUACAUUUCCCCUAGAUCUUAUAUAAUCGUUCUCUCAGUACUCCCACCUUCGAUUCUUCCCUUUAGAGCAGUAAGCACUUCGCGUAAUUGACCAUAUUACUGAAAUAAAAAAUCAUCACGAUUAGUAACCACCGAAUAUGAGUAACUGGGGAAGCGUACGGUCUAAGGGUGGUAAGGCUGGUUACCAAGGCGGCGGGAACUCAAGCACCGGCACUUUUACCGGUCCCGAUUUCAAUAAUCUCUAUCUUCAAAAGAGAUCUACCGACCAAGAGUCCGUUAAGAGGCGCGAGAGCAUAUCGGAGCAGUACAAUACCGGCUUCGUAGGCCGUAUGUGGAGGCGUUGGGUAUCCGGUCCUGGUGGUCCUACGAGAGCCUAGUGCCUCGAUGUUGUCGAUGAUAUGGUCAGAAACUUGUAUAGUCACAUAAGAAAUUGUACGACUAAUAGGCUGUGGUGUUUGAGCUAGGUUAAUAAUUCGCACAAUUUUAACGUUACAUUUCCAAUUGAUGAUUCUUAUUUCUUCUGUCGUCUUGGUGUCUGAAUGCUGAGUGGAGCGGGUAAAGUCAAACACACACCUAGGUGGGUAGGCAUUACGGAUUCAACGGAUGUUAGACACGGAUAAUCGUGUCAUUUCGCAGGUGAAUGUUUGUCAUUAAACGAACCAUGACUUCAAACACAACCUAGAGUCUCCAAUAGUCACAAAACUUCAUGAUGAUGUAGCGGUAGUAAGUUCCCUGCCUUAGCCCGAGAAUUGACUGUUAGUAGAUCCUGGUGAAGGACAUCGUACUGCGAGAUCCACAGCGGGAAGACCAUUUAAAAUAGGAGGGUGGAAUGUAUAGGUCAGGGAUCAUUCCAGGGGU